GAGAAGAGAUAGAGAUAAACACGACCCCGCCCGGCACGCAUCGAUCCACCACAUCACACAGUUCGCCACCCCUCCCUGCAUCUCUCUUCCACACCUCGCCGCAAGCAUGACGGCGAAAGUGUCCGGCUGCCGGAAGCGCGGGGCGGAGGCCUUCAUGGAGGACCCCUUCGCGGCGCUCCCGCCGCUGAACGCGAAGAGGGGGCGAUGCUCGCCGUCCGCCGCCGCCGACGUGGCGGAGCUCGGGGUCAGCAUGGACUUCGACCCCGUCGACGCGCUCCAGCUCAUCUUCCCCGGCGCCGACCCGCAGCUUCUUCGAGGCUAUUUCGAAGCGUCGGGAAAUGUCUUGGAUGCUGCAAUCAGAGGCUUCAAGGAUUAUUUGGCGUCGGGUUCAGCACCGACCAAUGCUCAUGCGGCCUCAUCUGGCGGUAUGGUUGCACGACAUUAUGAAUAUUGUUCAAAAUUGAACCUGGCCGUUUCUUCCUCAUGUUGCCUGAUGAUUAUGUCAGUGGCAUCUGAUGUCCCGGUGAUGAAGAUGAAUAAUCUGAGAAACGGCACUGAAUGGGCGGAGCUAAUUGUCAAGGAGAUGUCAGCUGCUUCAGAUUUGAUCGACGCCAAGAAUCGAGCCUUCAGGAUACUUGAAUUGUUCGACAAAUCUGCCGCAGACUGCAAUACUCCUGAUGAAAAGCAGAAAAUGCGUGAGGAGCACAAGAUACUGAAGCAGAUGCUGGGAGGCCUGCUACACCAGAACGGCGUCCUGAAGAGGGCCUUUCUUAUCCAGCACAACCGGCUCAAGGACUACCAGGACAUGGUGCAGGAGCGGUCCCAGUUCAAGGAGAUCGUCGACAAGUACCAGCAGCAGAUCAAGGCGCUAGAGGUAUGCAAAACUCGCCGAAAACGUAUCGCUUUAUUCUGCAUAUCAUCUCCACUACAGGCUUUGCUUUGCUCAUCAGCUCUUUGCGUUGCAUUUGGUUGCAGGAUAGGAACUAUGUGCUGUCGUUGCAUCUCGCGCAGUCGGAUCAUCGGAGUGGCAUAUCUGGGCACCGCAACCCCGACAUCUUCUAGGCGUCUACUGCAUCCUGCUGGAUUCGGAUGCGAGACCCUGAAGCUGUGAUUGUUGAAGAAAUCAUGAAUACAAGAAAACAUCUUUGUGUAGUUAUGUUGACACAAUAUAUAUGUGUGGUGCGAUCGUUUCGAAUUCGUAUCGGUAGCAUUGAGGAGCAUUUGUGAACUCGUA